AUGGCCUCCCAACCCCAAAUCCCCAAAGAAAUGCGCGCCAUCCAAGUCGUCGAAUUCAACAAACCGUACAAAAUCAACACCGUCCCCGUCCCACAACCCUCAGAGCUCGCCCCGCUCGACCUCCUCGUCAAAGUCGCCGUCGCCUCAAACUGCCACACCGAUCAAAUGGUUUCCGAAGGCGUCUUCGGGCGCCCGCUCCCCCAAACCGCCUCGCACGAAGGAUCCGGGACCGUCGUCGCCACCGGCGCGGACGUCAAGGGCUUCGCGGUGGGCGACCGCGUGAUGUGCGGGAUCCCGUUCCAUCCCUGCGGGAGCUGUAAGGAUUGUUUGGGGCCGGAGUCACAGAAGCAGUAUUGUAUGCAGUUGGAGGGGCAUAUUGGCGUUCAGCGAGACGGGUGCUUUGCGGAUUAUGUUAAGUGCGAUUCGAGGAGUACGACGAAGUUGCCGGAUGCGGUGACGUUUCAGAGUGCGGCGCCGUUGGCUUGUGCGGGGCGGACGGUUUGGAGGGCGGUGUUGCAGGCGGGGUUGAAGAAGGGGGAGUGGCUUGGGAUUGUAGGGAGUGGUGGAGGUUUGGGGCAUUUGGGGGUACAGUUUGCGAAGGCGUUGGGGUUGCAGGUUGUGGGUGUCGAUGCGAGAGAUGAGGGAUUGGAGCUGUCGAAGCAUUAUGGUGCGGAUAUCGUUGCGGAUGCGAGGAAGGGCAAAGAGGGCGUUGUCAAGGAGGUCCACGCCGUGACAAAUGGCGAGGGUGUGGAUGCCACUGUCAACUUGUCGGAUCACCAGGACGCGGCGGCGAUUGCGUGUGCUGUGACCAAGAUGCAUGGCACAAUGGUCCAGAUUGCCCAGCCCGAUAACAUUGUCAUUCCCUUCCCGGAGAUCAUCUUUAGGGACAUUCGCGUAAGGGGUAGCCUGAUAUCGAGCGCGGAAGAGUCGAAGAGCAUGUUGGACUGCAUCGCGGAGCAUGGUGUGACCGUCACCACGCAGCCUUUCCAAGGGCUGGACAAGAUCGGAGAGUUGACGGAGUUGGUGCACGGCGGCAAGCUCAAGGGCAAGGCCAUCAUCAUCGUCGACCCAGAACAGGUUGAGCAUGAGAAGAAGAUUGGAGCGAAGUUUUAG